AAAUCACAAACUCAUAUAGAACCCGUGGCCCCGUCCAUAACUUUAUUUGCCUUCUUCCCGCAGCUCCUUUUUAUUUUCGUACGCUUUCCUGGGGAAGUCACUCACACCUGGAAAAAAUGGCAGAAUGGACCAAUCUCCCGAAAGACCUCUUAGAACAAAUCUCCAAAUGCUUUGACACCUCCAUUGAUAUCCUUAGGUUCCGCUCCGUUUGCAGUUCAUGGCGAUCUUCUGUAUCCCCAAAACGCCGGCGUUUAUCAGGCACUUUCCGUAUACUCCCAAACGAUGGAAUCUCAUGUACCUCCUUCGGAUUCUAUCUCACCAGACGAACUAUAUUCCUAAUUGGAGUACCCAAUUCCCAUAACCAAACCGACCCAGAUGGGUGGUUAGUCAAAAUAGAAGAAGGUAUCCCAGAAAGAAAACACCUCUUAAAUCCUUUAUCAAGUGACGCUGGUAAUCUGUACAUGGAGAAAGUGGUAAUGAUUUGGUUAAAUUAUGAAAAUGAGAACGAUUUUGUGCUGCUUACUAUUCAUGUUUCAGGGAAAUUAGCCAUGUUUAAAAGUGGUGAUAGAAGAUGGACAAUUAUACAAGAUAUGCCUUCUCCUUAUGAUGAUGUGAUUGUUUACAAAGGGAACUUUUAUGCUGUUGAUAAUACAGGCAGGACUGUGAUUGUUAGAUUGAAUACUGAAUUGGGUUUGAUUGCAAAUCCUGUUUUUGGUGGUGAUAAGAAGUAUUUGGUCGAGUCCUUGGGUGAUUUAUUGUUAGUUGAUAUGUAUUUGAGUAUUGAUACUGCCGAAGGGGGUUUGAGUUUUGGUGAGGAAUUUUUGGAGCAUCUUGCUCAGUAUAUGAGCGAGAGGACAGUGAGAUUUAAGGUGUUUAAGUUGGAUAAAGAAGCGCAGACCUGGAUUGAAGUGAAAAGUUUGGGUGAUCGUGUGUUGUUUUUGGGUGAUGAUUCUACAUUUUCGGCAUCAGUUUCUGAUCUGUCUGGGUGUAAAGGAAAUUGCAUAUUUUUUGUGGAUAAUUUCUUCUAUUCACGGGAUGAGAAUCUGAGGGCGAAUGGGGGAGAUGAUGGAGUAUUGGCAGGAAGAGAUAUAGGUGUGUUUGAUUUGGAGACUGGUUGUAUAGGACCUUUAGGGAACUAUCCUGAAUAUGCCAAGAUGUUCUGGCCACCUCCACACUGGUUACUUCAACAUCAUUAGAAGUGCAAACUCAAAACUAACUUGAAGAUCUCCCUUUGUAAGAUGAUGUUUAACUAUUGUCAACAUAACCUGGUAUUUGAAUACUAACACUCCAUCUUGUAAUUAUGGUGGGCUUAUCUUUGUUUAUAGAAGAAAGUUAAAAUCUCAGUUCUAGAUAGAAUACCCAGCAUCUUAAUCAAAGAGUAAAAACAGAAGUUUCCUUCAGUAUUUUAUGAGUUCGAUCAGUUUCUUUGUGAAUACCUGAAAGUUGAGACAAACUUGAGAUUUUCAUCUUAUGACACAGUUGAGAAUGAAAUGAAGUGCUGUCAUCUACUGUCUUCAUUGUAGCAAGGAAAUAAAGUGCCAUCACCUUGAAGCUACCUGAUAAACUUGCAUGAUCACUGAGGGCAAUCAGAACAUCAUGGUGAAGGCAGUGCUUGCUGGAGUCUUCAGUGUUCCAUUUAUUGAUUUAGGCUGAGCUCAAAGUGAUUGCUAAUGUCAGUAAUCAUGUUAAUUUCCUUAUUGAGAUUGCUUUUUUUUUUUUCCAGAAUCUUGUUUGGUCUGAUUUAAAUUUGUCUCUAGUUAGUUUCUGCUGUUAAGUUUUUGCAUACUGAUUAUGGAUUUGUACAGACCCUCUUCAUGAGCAGUAUACUACCAAUGUUUAUUUUUUUUACAA